GUAUAUUGUACUUAGUACCACGGUAGGGCUUAUAGCAAUAUAGAGUGUCCUUAGACCUCUUUAUUCAAUAUAGAGAGGGCUUAGAGAAUUAAUGUCAAUAUGGAGAUUGUGUAAGAGUGCUUACAUAAGCAAGGUAGUUAAGCGCGCGCUCACUCCAUAUUGAAAGAUAUGGUGUAAGCCCCCUCCAUACUGAUUUAUGCGGAACCUGGAUUAUACGGCCGUAUUAUAACUUCUUCGCGGUGAGCGCGUGGUCUGACUAUGCUACGACGUCGUGCCCGUCGUUCUUGGGUAUUACACCAGCGGUUUGAGGUUCACUAGUGCGGCGCCGGAAACGCCGCUAGUGCAGCGCGACGCUGCUGGGCCAGCUGGGCCCUCGGUUAAUAUUGGAUGGGUGUGGAUCCGGUGUGUGCUACUUGACGGCACGUCCGCAAUAAUAGGGGAUCCACUGGCUGUUUUGUGCGGUCGCUAGCUGCAGUUGCCAGCGCCGCGGACUGGCCAGGCGACUGCCAAACUUUUCUCAUCAGUAUCUGAUCGUUGUUGUCGCACCCCAAGGAUGUCAAGGGACUGCCUCUUGCUUGUACUGGAUUUGCGCUGGGUUCCAGUACAAUGUGCGUGCUGGUAUUGCGACGCUGGGGCAGCUUCACUGCUUUCGAUGAUCCAUAUUAGUCGUCUCUCCUCGAAGUCACAUACCCAGUGGGUCAUCGGGCGCCCUGUUUGCAGUCGUUCGGCUGUGUGCGUUUUUUGCUGGAGCUGGAUCUACUUUCAGAUGCAUCUCGGAAGGGCUGCACUGGGGCUGCGUUCGCCCCCCCCCCGGACCACUAGCAUCGGAGGCUUCGCCCUCGCUAGCGAGUCUAAUAUG